AUGGACCUUUCGGCUAACGAAUCGGAUCCCAUUGGAGAGCGAGCACCGGGAAGGCCUAAAUUGAGGUGGGCCGAUCCUAUGAUGAAUAUCUCGGCCAGCAAUGGAAACGACGUGCGCAGGGCCGGAACGGAUGGCUUAAAGUCGACUUGCGUGAAUGGCGAAGUUUGCGAGAACAAGUCGGAUACAGGUGAUACAAGAUAA